AUGUGUCCAAUUGGCUGGAUGAUGUACGGGAAGCGUUGCUUCAGGUAUCAGGCUACCAGCAUGAACUGGGAAUCAGCUGAGAAACACUGUCAGAGUCUUGGUGGACACUUGGUCUCGAUACACAAUGAAAAUGAAUAUCAACUGGUUAAGUUUCUUAUUGGUGUUCACGAGCUCAAGCAGAAGCCAACAUGGAUCGGCCUUUCUGGCUGUCAGCAGAACUUUAAGUGGGUUUGGUCUGAUGACACCAAAGUGGCUUUCACCAAGUGGAACCCAGCAGAACCAAAUCGUAUGUUCGGAGAGUGCUGUGUGAAUAUAAACUCUGGCAUAAAAAAGGACUGGAGUGACAUGCACUGCAUAAUGAAAUAUCCCUUUGUGUGUGCCAAAGAGUUUGAAUGA